AUGGCCACGACUGCAGCUUCCGGCUCUGGUGCCGAGGCAAGUGCCUCCACACCGCGCAUGCGCAACGACAAGCGACGCGCGGCCAACUUGCUUCGUGACUACUAUGGUCUUUCGUCGGAUGCUCCAUCGGCCUCGAGCUCUCCAUCGCUCGACUCUACCGCGGGCGAUCUCAAGAGGAAGGGCGCCGGUCCGGACGUCGAUCUCAUCUCGCUGCUGCGUUCCAACAGCCUCAGCGUGCUGCUUGGCAAGGAAUCCGAACUCAUCGUCCAGAUCCGCGAGCUCGACGGCGAGCGCCAGAGCCUGGUCUACAACCACCACCACGAACUCGUCGCAGCAAGCGACACAAUACGCAACAUGAAGCUCAGAUCAGAGUCGCUCGAUCCGUCGCUCGACUCGCUCAAGUCGUGCUUCGAAUCCAUGUCCAACCUCUCGUCGCAUCUCGACUCGCUUCGUCCAAAGCCACCGCAGCCAUCUACAGACCCGACCAAAGACGAGGUGCAAGCGCUUCGCGAUCUCGAUCUCGAGCCCAUUGUCACUCUCCCGACCAACCUUGCAGAUCUCAUCGAGUGCCGUCAUGCCGGCGCAGACACCACCGGCGCCGCACCAGCUCCCCUGCAACCAGAUGUGGAGGCGAGAAGAGCCGGCCUGGCGCAGGCAGAGCAUCUGUGGGGUACAAUGGAACCCGUGCUUGCUGCAUGGACCGAUGCCGGCGUCAGCGGCGUACGCGAAGUGGCCGCCGAAUGCAGAGCGCUGCUCAAAGACGGCCGCAAAGCGCUCUCAUCGCCAGCCGCCCCCUAG